AUGGACUACACUGAAUGUACCCGAUCCGAGGACUAUUUAAAUGAUCAGCAUCUCAGCAGACUCAAGAAUUAUCAGUACAGAUCGGUGGAUCAUUCACCAACUACAAGGUAUAUUUUGAGGCAUUGGUGGGAGUAUGUAGCAGGAUGGAUGCCCCCGUGGCUGGCGCCUAAUACGAUUACCCUGAUCGGAUUGAUGUUCAUUGUUUUGAAUGUCAUGACAGUAAUCAUUUAUAUACCUGAUCUCAAGACCGAUGCCCCAAGUUGGGUUUAUUUUUCAUUCGCCUUAGGGUUGUUUAUCUACCAAACCAUGGAUAAUGUCGAUGGAAAGCAAGCCCGGAAAACUGGAACUUCUUCUCCUCUAGGCGAGUUGUUCGAUCAUGGAAUUGAUUCACUAAACUGUGUCUUGGGAGGUCUGGUACAAUGCGCUGCUGUUGGAACUGGACAUUCGCUCUACGCAGUCUUCAUACUCAUUGUAGCCUGUUGGCCAAUGUAUCUGAGCACUUGGGAAGAGUAUCAUACUGGCAUUUUGUAUUUGGGCUUUGUCAAUGGGCCUACGGAAGGACUUUUGAUAGCGAUGGCGGUAUUACUUAGCACCGGUUUUGGUGGAGUUCAGAUGUGGAGCAAACCAGCCGAAGACUUAGUCUAUCUGCCACGGCUGAUCCUAACCUACUGUGACAAAUUCGGACACCAACUGAAAUUAUUAGACUUGUUUGUGUCGUUUGUGUUGUUUGCUCUUGUUUUCGGACACGCCCCAUCAUGUUUUUACAAUACAUAUGUGGCCAUUCGAAAUAAUCAGUCCCAGCCACGCUCUAAACAAGAUUCGCGAAUCUCAUCGUUUUCACAAGCCUUGCUUAGAUUGUUUCCACUGUUAAUAUUCACAUUCUGCUCCGCCUCGUGGCUCGCAUCAUCCAAUUCACACAUCCUGAAAAGUGAAAAGAUAAUCGAGUUUGGCCUAAUGUUAUGUUUAAUAUUCGGCCGAAUCGCUACGAGAAUCAUUCUAUCACAUUUGACGAAAUCGACCUUUCCUUUUUGGUCUGGAAUGCUGAUUCCUAUUAUAGGAGGAUCAAUAGCAAUCAAUCUACCUAUGAUUGGACUACCCGCCUUCCUGUCUCCAUGGGGAGAAUUAGUUUAUUUACGAUUGAUGUUUUUCUUCACCAUAGUCGGCUACUUUGGCAGCUCCUUAAGAACGAUCGACCGAUUCUGUCAAGUUCUCCGCAUCAAUUGCUUGACUAUCAGAUCCAAGUCAGCCGCUUAA